AAGGAGUCCAACAUGGAAGAAUCUAACGACUCAAGGCCGCUUGAAAAGUCACUCCAUAACUUAACGCUUUCUGAUCAGAAGUCUUCAGAGAGCAGCAGUUCUUUGGCUGCUGAUCCCAAAGAGACGCAGAAUCCUAAAAACACGGAGAGUGGGUGCAUGUCGUCUUCAGCCACGGAGCCCCCAGCAGCAGAUGAGAGCUUCCAUGACUGUUAUGACUCCUUUGAGGCAAAAGAACCCAAAGCGGAUGAUGAAGGGGAUUCACAGAGUGAUGAGAAUAGCUCAAGGAAGCAGACAGAGCUAGAUGAAGAGUACUUACUAGAACUAGAAAAAGAUAUGCCAGAGGAAGAAAAACAGACGAGAAGACAGGAGAGCACAACCCUGAAGGAGAAAGGAAAUGAGCAAUUCAAGAAAGGAGACUAUGGAGAGGCAGAAGACUCUUACACGAGGGCUCUGCAGAUUUGUCCAGCCUGCUUCCAAAAAGAUAGGGCUGUUUUGUUUUCAAACAGAGCUGCAGCAAAAAUGAAACAGGACAAGACGGAAGCUGCCCUAAGUGACUGCAGCAAAGCAGUGGACCUAGACCCUAACUAUAUUAGAGCUUUGCUUCGGAGAGCAGAACUAUAUGAAAAAACAGAAAAACUAGAUGAAGCCCUGGAAGAUUACAAAACAAUCUUAGAAAAAGAUCCAUCAGUUCAUCAGGCCAGAGAAGCUUGCAUGCGAUUACCUCAACAAAUUGAAGAGCGGAAUGAAAAAUUAAAGAAGGAAAUGAUGGGUAAACUGAAGGAUCUCGGGAAUUUGGUUCUCCGCCAGUUUGGCCUAUCAACAGACAAUUUCCAGAUAAAACAGGAUUCAUCAACUGGCUCAUACUCCAUUAAUUUUGUUCAAAAUCCCAAUAACAACAGAUAACACUAAUUCAGUCUAGUUCUGCUGGCUUUGAGGCUUCAUAACCCAGUG